AUGCUCCUGGGACAAUGGGCAUACUUUGACAAUGACGACCUGUGGUACGAGCUGCUGCGGGAGGGCAGAUCAGAGGGCCCGGCAUGGCUACUCGAAAUAACCGAAGACGAAUUGAGCUUUGAUUUAGCGAUAAGACUGCUCUGCGAGCAUGGACUAGUGGAAGCAAACCCGCCAGCGAAAGUGACGGGAAGAGAGUCACAGGGAUAUAGUGUGCAUCAGUGCGUUCACGCGUGGAUGGAGCACGUUCUGAAUAAAGGGGUAGACGAGGAGAGGGCAUGGACAGCGAUGAGAUGUGUAGCAUCGCAUGUCCCAAGCACUGACCAGCACGAGUUUUGGUCUAUUCAACGACGACUUUUACGUCAUGCAGAUCGAUGCAUUAAAAACGAGGUCAUAGAUGUUGGAGAAGAGGAUAUAUGGAUGUUUUACAAUCUAGGCAUCCUCUACACGGACCAGGGCCGACUCAAAGAGGCUGAGGCCAUGUACAAACGGGCUCUUCAAGGCAAGGAGAAGGCAUGGGGUCCAGAACACACAUCGACACUCGACACGGUCAACAAUCUAGGCAUCCUCUACAAGAACCAGGGCCGACUCAAAGAGGCCGAGACGAUGUACGAACGGGCUCUUCAAGGCUACGAGAAGGCAUGGGGUCCAGAACACACAUCGACACUCGAUACGGUCAACAAUCUAGGCAUCCUCUACAAGAACCAGGGCCGACUCAAAGAGGCCGAGGCCAUGUACGAACGGGCUCUUCAAGGCUACGAGAAGGCAUGGGGUCCAGAACACACAUCGACACUCGUGACGGUCAACAAUCUAGGCAUCCUCUAUAAGGACCAGGGCCGACUCAAAGAGGCCGAGGCCAUGUACGACCGGGCUCUUCAAGGCUACGAGAAGGCAUGGGGUCCAGAACACACAUCGACACUCGACACGGUCAACAAUCUAGGCAUCCUCUACAAGGAUCAGGGCCGACUACAAGAGGCCGAGGCCAUGUACGAACGGGCUCUUCAAGGCUACGAGAAGUCAUGGGGUCCAGAACACACAUCGACACUCAUGACGGUCAACAAUCUAGGCAGCCUCUACUCGGACCAGGGCCGACUCAAAGAGGCCGAGACGAUGUACGAACGGGCUCUUCAAGGCUACGAGAAGGCACUAGGAUCACACGCCAUGAAGACAUAUGUGCCUGCAUUGAAUACAUUUGAGAAUCUUGGUUCUUUGUCCAAACAGCUGGGCGAUGCAGAGGCAGCCGUCACGUAUUACCAACGGGCACAGAGCGGCCUUUUAUCCGUGUUUGGAUCUCACAACGAGCGGUAUAGAAACGUAUCUGGCAAAAUCUACUCCUUGCAGUCCUCUUCGCAAGAGACGGAUGUUUCGCUUAGCGAGGACGAGACGGAUGAGUACUAUAGUGCAGAAGAGCUGCAGGAUGGGGGGUGA